AGCACAUACUUAGCGGGCCGGGCUUCUUGCUGCCUGGCCCUUUAAGAGCGAGUGUGUUUACGUAAAGGCGGCGGCGGCGCCCUGGUCCUGAAGCGUGUGAUCCGACGCUGCAUGCUGGGCGUUGUGAGACGGACUGCGAGCCGCGUAGUGACCCGCCGAGGCGCCUGUGUCGCGAUGGCCGACGCGCUGUCGGGCGUGCCCGAUGUGGAAAUAGACCCCGAGGGGACGUUCAAGUACAUUUUAGUGGAAGUCAAAGUGAAAGGCGGAGACGCGCACAAGUGCGUUGUGCGGGGCACCAAGAGUGCCGAGUACCACAAUCAUAUAUUUGAGAAGUUGGGUCCGGCCAUGGAGAGCUUGGGACUGGAAUGCAAAUGUCUUGGAGGAGGAAAGAUGGAGCACAACAGCAAGGACAAAAAAUUAAGGGUGUUUGGAGAAUCAACGGGCUUCGGCAAAGCGGACCACUCCGUGUCCGUGGAGAAGCUGAGGGGCGCCUACGCUGGCUACGAGAUCACCUGGUCCGACGAGAAGAAGUAGGUCAAGACGCGUUCGGAGAAACGACAUCUGCCUCCAACGUGCCUCCCCGCCUCGUCUUUACUCCGGCUAAACAAACCCUCCAUUAAUUUCUGCAGACGCCAGAGCUCAUCUGCUGAGCUGAUCCUGAAUGUAGAGUGAAGUGGCCCGGCGCGAGGCCACUGGGCCCUCCCUCCUUAUGAGGUGCACCACACAAACUCUUCUAAUAAACCACCCUGCUUUUCAUUUCA